CCAGGAUUUACAGUUGACGUAAACAAACACACAGACUGACAGAGUUACCGGCGAUGCGGCUAUGGCUAAGCUAGCUAAAGCUUACCUUGAUAAUGGUGGAUAAACUCUUCGUGGACGAAUUUACAUCCCUUGUCCAAUUUGUUUCCUUUAGUGGACGAAUGCAUCUUCACACUCUUCAUCACAUCGGCGCUGAUGAACUUCGGAACACAACUCAGGCUCUUCGAAAACACUCUAGGCUCUGCCAUUCUCCGCCAGCGAAGCACAAACCGGAACUAAGUUUACACGUUGCUGACGUGUUUCCGGUUUUUGCGAAAAAGGUCUAUUAAGCACAUUUUCAUGGAGAUGCGGCCAUGUUCGUGCUGAGCUGGGCGUUGGGAAUUUUCCGUCUUUGGUUAACAGAUCAGGACUCCUCUUACUCAUCUGCAGCUCCUCCUCUGUCAUGAUGGGCGUCACCAACAGGAAGAGAAGAAAGAAGCUGAUUGGCUGAACUCACAGUGAAACCAUCUGGUUGGAGGAUCAGAGUCAAACCGGUUUCUGAGGAAGUGAAACUCUCACAGUCUGUGUAUCUGAGAGGAGAAAUGGCGCAGAAAGGAGUGGAUCUGGAUGAAGAAAGCUUCAGCUGUUCCAUCUGUCUGGAUCUGCUGAAGGAUCCGGUGACUAUUCCCUGUGGACACAGCUACUGCAUGAAGUGUCUCCAAGGAUUGUGGGAUGCAGAGGAGAAAGUCCACAGCUGUCCUCAGUGCAGGAAGACCUUCACACCGAGGCCUGUUCUGGGGAAAAAUGUCAUGUUAGCAGCUUUAGUGGAGCAGCUGAAGAAGACCGGACUCCAAGCUGCUCCUGCUGGUCUCUGCUAUGCUGGACCUGAAGAUGUGGUCUGUGACGUCUGCACUGGAAGAAAACUGAAAGCCAUCAAGUCCUGCUUGAGCUGUCUGGCCUCUUACUGUGAGGAACACCUUCAGCCUCAUUUGAAAGCAGCUGCAUUGAAGAAACACAAGCUGGUGGAACCCUCCAAGAACCUGCAGGAGAACAUCUGCUCCCGUCAUGAUGAGGUGAUGAAGAUGUUCUGUCGCACUGAUCAGAAGAGCAUCUGUUAUCUCUGCUCUGUGGAUGAACAUAGAGGCCACGACACAGUCUCAGCUGCAGCAGAAAGGACUGAGAAGCAGAGAGAGCUGGAGGAGAGUCAGCAACAAAUCCAGCAGAGAAUCCAGGACAGAGAGAAAGAGGUGAAGCUGCUUCAACAGGAGGUGGAGGCCAUCAAUCACUCUGCUGAUCAAAGCGUGGAGGACAGUGUGAAGAUCUUCACUGAGAUGAUCUGUCUCCUCCAGAAAAGAAGCCGUGAUGUGGAGCAGCAGAUCAGAUCCCAGCAGCAAACUGAAGUGAGGCGAGUCAAAGGUCUUCAGGAGGAGCUGGAGCAGGACAUGGCUGAGCUGAAGAGGAGAGACGCUGAGCUGAAGCAGCUCUGGCUCCCAGAGGAUCACAGCCACUUUCUGCUCAACUACCCCUCACUGCCACCACUCAGUGAGUCCACCCCCUCAGCCAGCAUCCAUGUCCGUCCUCUGACAUACUUUGAGGAUGUGACAGCAGCUGUGUCAGAGCUCAGAGACAAACUGCAGGACAUUCUGAGAGAGGAAUGGACAAACAUCUCACUGACAGUCUCUCAUGUGGACGUUUUACUGUCAGAACCAGAACCAAAGAGCAGAACUGACUUCCUCAGAUAUUCAUGUCAAAUCACACUGGAUCCAAACACAGCAUUCAGAAAUCUGUUACUGUCAGAGGAGAACAGAAAGGUGACAGGGAUGGAAAAACCUCAGUCUGAUUCUGAUCAUCCAGACAGAUUUACUGAUUAUGAUCAGGUUCUGAGUAGAGAGACUCUGACUGGACGUUGUUACUGGGAGGUGGAGAGGAGAGGAAAAUAUGUUUGUGUAGCAGUUGCAUACAAGAACAUCAGCAGAUCUGGAAGAGAAAAUAGAUUUGGUUUAAAUGAUAAAUCUUGGGCAUUAGUUUGUUAUCCAGACUGUUUCUCAUUUCUCCACAACAGCAUAGAAACCUCCAUCUCAGCUCCUGUUUCCUCCAGAGUAGGAGUGUACCUGGAUCACAGAGCAGGUGUUCUGUCCUUCUACAGCGUCUCUGAAAGCAGGACUCUCCUCCACAGAGUCCAGACCACUUUCACUCAGCCGCUCCAUGCUGGACUGGGGUUGUAUUAUUAUGGAGCCAAAGCAGAGUUGUGUAAAGUGAAAUAGUUCCUGAAAGAAGUGAAAUGUUUGUUUUCAGUGAUUUCUCUGCUUUGGAUCAUUUAGAACUAAACGUUUGAACUGUUCAGAUUCUGUGGAGAAAUGUUUGUAGUCAGAAAUAGAGAGAAAUGAAAAUCUCUAGAAUGUGGAUUGGAGACAUUUUGGAACAUGAAUGUCAAACUUUUGGGAGUCAAAUCUGUUUUCUUUUGGUUUCUUUGAAUUCAAAUUUCACACACAUGUUUUUGUGUUGUUGUCAUGGGAACUGAAGGAAGCUGCAACACAAAUGGAAUCAGUGAGGUCACAAUCCCAGACUUUCUCUGGUUUGUUCUCCACAGAAACGACAAGAGAAGAAGCUGAAGGAGAAGAUUGUGUUUGUGGAAAGAAGAACAUUUACAACUUUGUUUAUUUCUGCUUCAUUUGACAACUUUGGAUUGAAGAUUUGUGUUUUCAUGUCUGUUCUUCAGAGAAAAGUUGUUUCUGAUCAUGUGACAAUAAAAACCUCCUGAUUCUUUUGUCUUCAUUCC